CAGAGGUGGGUCGGAGGAUCCCGGGUUUCGCCACUGGUAGAGUCUGUCCUCACGAUAAUCAAGCAAAAGAAAGAUGAGCUUUAUCUGUGGACUGCGGUCUGCUACUAGAAACUGUUUUCUCUCCCGAUUUAAUUCACGGGACAACUGGAGAAAAUGGAAUUCACCAGUAGUAACUUUAGUGGGCUGUUGUCAAGUACAAAAUCUCCAAAUGUUAAAGAAGUAUCAAGGUCUUAAAUCAUUCAGUCAGUGCGACAGGUGGACUUUUCUCCCUGGAAACUUUCAUUUCUGUAGGACUUUGAAUAACAGAAGAACGGGAUACCUCUCAAGUGCCAAAAGUAAGAAAAUUCGGAUGGUUACUCACACCUGUUCUGCAUGGAAUGACUCUUUUCCCAGAUGGGUGCUUACAAAAGAAGUUGCAGUUGAUCUUACUCUUGGAGCCUCAAGUCCACUGAACUGUUCCUCUGUCAGAGUUGGCAGGAGUUUCCACACUUCUUCACGGGUUCAAGCCGCUCCAGUUCCUCUCUUCUUGAUCAUUCUGAAACCAGUGCAGAAGCUACUUGCAAUCAUUGUGGGCAGGGGCAUAAGGAAAUGGUGGCAAGCACUUCCUCCUAACAAGAAGGCUAUUAAAGCGAGUGUAAGGAGGAAUAAAUGGAAGUUAUUCCUUGGUUUGAGUAGCUUUGGACUGCUAUUUGUAGUGUUUUACUUUACUCACUUGGAAGUGAGCCCAAUCACAGGAAGAAGCAAGCUACUAUUAUUGAGGAAAGAGCAUUUCAGACUUCUGUCAGAACUGGAAUAUGAAGCUUGGAUGGAAGAAUUUAAGAAUGAUAUGCUAACUGAGAAAGACCCUCGAUAUCUGACUGUUAAAGAAGUGGUUUGUCAUCUAAUUGAAUGUAAUAAAGAUAUCCCAGGGAUCUCUGAGAUCAAUUGGGUUAUUCAUGUGGUUGAUUCCCCAGAUAUAAAUGCCUUUGUGCUUCCAAAUGGACAAGUUUUUAUUUUCACUGGGCUCCUAAAUAGUGUAACUGAUAUGCAUCAACUUUCCUUUCUUCUGGGUCAUGAAAUAGCACAUGCAGUACUUGGGCAUGCUGCAGAAAAGGCUAGCUUGGUUCAUUUACUGGAUUUCCUAGGUAUGAUAUUUCUCACGAUGAUUUGGGCCAUUUGUCCACGAGAUAGUUUGGCAAUUUUGGGCCAGUGGAUACAGUCUAAACUGCAGGAGUAUAUGUUUGAUAGACCAUACAGUAGAACAUUGGAGGCUGAAGCUGAUCAAAUUGGAUUAGAGCUUGCUGCAAAGGCUUGUGUGGAUGUAAGAGCCAGUUCAGUGUUUUGGCAGCAGAUGGAAUUUGCAGAUAGCCUCCAUGGUCAUCCCAAGUUACCAGAAUGGUUAUCUACACACCCUUCGCAUGGAAAUCGAGCUGAACACUUGGAUAAGCUCAUACCACAGGCUCUCAAAAUUCGAGAGAUCUGUAAUUGCCCGCCGCUUUCUGGACCAGACCCUCGAUUACUAUUCAAACUCAGCAUGAAGCAUUUUCUUGAAGAAUCAGAAAAAGAGGACCUAAAUAUCACUGUUAAGAAACAGAAAAUAGAUACUCUUCCGAUCCAAAAGCAGGAGCAAAUACCAUUAACAUACAUAGUUGAGAAAAGAACUGGCAGUUGAAUUAAAAUUUAUGAGACUCAGGACAUGUGAAGAAUACAGCAAUCCUUUUCAUUUUUAUGUUACUUUUAAAAAAAUGAUGUUCAAAAUAAAAAAAGGGGAUAUUCAGGGUCAAAUCAUGUGUAUUACAGAUAUUAUCUAAAUUCUACAGGGCAUUUAUUUUUCAUAAAAUAUUGAUGUAUUUUAAUCUAUUUUUAAAUAUCUUUAAUGAAGAAAAUGUCACAGAAUAAAUUUAUAUUACACA